UUGUCAUCGGAUGCAAUCUUGACAAACUAGGGAACAGAAGUGAGGUCAAUCACAGUAAAGUAUUAGUAGUUAUUACUACUGACAGCCUCGCCUGCCUAAUCCGUUCUCUCACUCAUCUCCAUCUGUCAAUCUAUCUGCUCUACUUAGACUUUCUUCCUGCUUACCUUACCUUUCUACUGUUCUGUCAACUCAAUCCUCCAGCACACAUACAUACACACACACACACAGUCAUCAAUCAGACUAGCUUCUUCAACACCCAUCAUCUCUUCCCUCACAUCCAACCUAUCUACCUCCCUCUUCUCACCUCAACCUCAACCUCAACCUCAACCAAUUAAUACAAAACUAAACCCAACCCAACCCACCACAAUCUCAAACCAAACCAAAAUGCAUUCACCAAUGACUUCAUCCCCAAAAGCACAAAAAACCAAGAAUACCCCCAACGGAUCCGCAUCAUCCCACACCACGAACGCGAGAAGAAAACCCCUGAUGGAUUUCUCGUCUCUUCAUCCGUGCUCUGCUUCGAUGGAUGAUGAGGAGGAUGAGGGUGAAGGUAGUAUGCGAUCAUCGCACGCAGAGGUGGGAUUAUUCUCGGGGAUGCAUGCAGAUUCGCAUUCACAUUCACAUUCUCAUCCGUUGUCAUUGUCGUCGUCGGCUUCGACUCCUACUCGGAUGCAGAGAUACACUUCGUAUCUGCCCAGGAAUCAAUCUCACUCGAACUAUACUAUUCCUUCGGGAGGUGAAUCCACCCCGAAAUCAAGCACUACAGCCAUCACUGCCAGAUUGAAAUCGAAUUCGAGAUCGAAGGCCAAGUCCACGACGGCACACGUCCACUUCCUAGACCAGAUUGAUAUCUCAGAUGCAACUACAUCUGCAGCUACAAACACAAAUAUGAACGGAAGCAAAAGCACAGAAGCAGAUGGAAUCACAGCUGGAGACAAAACCAUGCCUCUUGGUCCUCGCAGUCGGGAUCUCUCUCUUAGUGAGAGUGAGAUUAGUUUGCUGGAUAUAGGUCCGAGUCUGGUGUAUGGCGAUGAUGGAUAUAUUCCGUUGUCUGGGGGUGGGUCAUAUGUGCGUGGACAUGGGCAUGGUGAUGGUGUUGGUGGAGUUUCGGUGGUGGGGAGGGGGGUGCAGGGGUUGCAUUUGGAGUGA